UUUCUGGAUUUUCAAGAACCAGUAGUGAUUUUAUCUUCUCCUGGGGGGAGGCACUCUUUCUGUGUGGGCUAUUAGGUGCAUAUCAGUAUGUGUGUUGUUUGAGAUUGUGUGAGUGUCAAAAGGUUUUCUUAGGACUCUUGUGUGAUGGGGUUUAUAUAGUGUAGUUCACUGGUUUUUCACCACAUCUUUUGGCAAGUGAACUCUUAUGUGCUUUACUGCUUUUCAUUUAGUGUUGAAAAGGACAUGGCAUUCUAGUAUUCUAUUGGUUGAACUACUUCCUGGUAUUCAUCUAUUAUUGAUGGUGAUUGUGCCUUGGUGGACCUUUCUACGCCAAUAAUUUGCUUGAAAAGAUCACCAGGCAUUGGAAGACUAAGAACCAAAUAAUGUUGUUUGCCUAUUGCCAACCACCGAGUAUAAGUCCUACCCAAACACUUGAAUUUGGAUUGUGUUUACGACAAUAUGACGAUGGACGGUAACCUUUUCUUGUCCAUAGCCCUCCUCCUCCUCUUACCUUUGUACCUGAUCUCUAAACACUUCCACCGGAAAAUCAAGAACCACCCGCCGGCCCCCUUCCUCGCCCUUCCUGUCUUCGGCCAUCUCUACCUCUUCAAGAAUCCUCUGCACCAAGCCUUAGCCAGCAUCUCCGCCCGUUAUGGCCCCGUCCUCCUCCUCGAAUUUGGUUCCCGGAAAGUCCUAUUGGUUGCCACCCCUACCGCCGCAGAGGAGUGUUUCUCUAAGAACGACGUGGUCUUCGCAAACCGCCCGCGGAGACCACUGGCGGCAUAUCCGCAAAAUUGCCUCCACACACAUCUUCUCCCUAAACCGCGUCCAAACGCUCCAUGAAAUUCGGGCGGAUGAGGUGAAUUCCAUGCUGAAAAGGCUCCAACUGGUCUCCGAAUCCAGCACUCCGGUCGAAAUGAAGACCGUGUUUUUUGAGCUGACGGCAAACGUGAUGAUGAGGAUGAUUGCAGGGAAAAUGUAUUAUGGAGAGAAGGCGGGGGACAAGGAAGAGGCGAACCAGUUCAGGGAGAUUGUGACAGGGACUUUUCUGCUCGGUGGGGCGACGAAUGUGGGCGACUUUGUGCCGGUCUUGAAGGUGUUGAUGAGGAGGUUGGAGAGUGACUUGGUGGAGCUGCAUCAGAAGAGGGAAGCUUUCAUGCAGGAGAUGAUCAAGCAUUGCAGGAAUAGAAUGAAGAAGACCGCAUUUAGUGCCGGAAAGACGAAACCAUUUGUGGAGGUGCUGCUGACACUGCAAGAAGAGGAACCCGAGACUUACAAUGAUGAAAUGAUCAGAAGCCUCAUGCUGAAUCUCUUAGAAGCAGGGACAGACACAUCUUCUGGGACUAUGGAGUGGGGAUUAUCACUUCUCUUAAACCACCCCGAAGUCCUGGCUAAGGCAAAGAAGGAACUUGAAGAUCGAGUUGGACAAGGCAGACUGGUCGAUGAAUCAGAUUUGGCCAACCUCCCCUACCUCAACUGCAUUAUAAAGGAGACAAUGAGAAUGUACCCAAUUGGUCCUCUGUUAGUCCCUCACGAGUCCUCCACCGAGUGCACUGUGGGUGGCUACCUCAUUCCCAAGGGCACAAUGCUGAUGGUGAACCUGUAUUCCAUCCAAAGAGAUCCCAAGUAUUGGGACGAACCGGAGAAGUUCAAACCAGAGAGGUUCGAAGGGGUCGAAGGAGCCAGAGUUGGGUACAAGAUGAUGCCGUUCGGUUCUGGAAGGAGACGGUGCCCUGGGGAAGGACUUGCCUGGUGCAUGGUCGGGCUCUCGUUAGGGUCAUUGAUACAGUGCUUUGACUGGGAAAGAAUUGGGAGUGAGAUGGUGGAUAUGAGGGAAGGAACUGGUUUGACUAUGCCCAAAGCUGAGGCUUUGGUGGCAAAGUGCAAAGUUUGCCCUUUUGUGCCCAAUCUUCUUUAAUAGUUAAUUAAUAAGGCCAUAUAUCACUACAAGAAUAUGGCGUAAUUGCAACGACAAUUUCUAUUGCACUUUUUAAAUAUUUCCGUUGCUAAUGGUGAUUGCAACGGGAUUUCCGUUGCAGUUGUGCUGUUGCAAAAACCAUUGUUGCAAUUUCACUUCUGCAACAGAUUGUUGCAUCAGAUUGUUGCAACAGAAUUGCCGUUGCACAUUGUUGCUACGGAAUAACUGCAACACUCAUUG